UGGCUGUCUUUGGGUAUCCCAGAAUGCUGCAGUGUCCCGUGCUCAGUACAGCUUGGCUCGCGCUGAGGCACAGGCAGCUGCUCACGGAGACUCUAGCGCACAUCGUCCGGGAAGCCGCAGCUUGCAAACCCGAAGAGAGGAAACGACUUACCCGUCUGACUCGCCAUGACGACCGAAUCAGGGUCCGAGUCGGAGCCCAAGCAGGAGCAGCAGCAGCAGCAGGAGGCCAACGCCGCGCCGCCAGACCAGGCCCCACCGCCGGAACAGGCCCUGCCCCCCCCCACGGCCCCGCCCCCACAGGUCACGCAGCAGUUUGACGGGGAGCAGUUUCCCGCCGCCGUCGGUCACAGCACACCGGCCAGGAAGGACCAGAACGGAGAAAGAGAGGCAGAAGGCCUCCCUCUGAGCAAGCCGGAAUACCAGCAGUUUGGGGACGACAAGGUGUCCCAUAGGUCAUCGACCAGCAGGCAGUCCAAGUCUCCUCUGAAGACCGCCAAGAAGGUCAAGAACAUGCAGUGCAAGGUGACUCUUCUGGAUGGGUCAGACUACACCUGCGUGGUGGAGAAGCGGGCCAAGGGCCAGGUGCUCUUCGACACCGUGUGCGAGCAGCUCAACCUGCUGGAGAGGGACUACUUCGGCAUCACAUUCCGAGACAUGGACAACCAAAAGAAUUGGUUGGACCCUGCUAAAGAGAUGAAGAAGCAGAUAAGAAGUGGAUCGUGGAAUUUUGCGUUCAAUGUGAAGUUUUACCCUCCGGACCCCGCCCAGCUGUCAGAAGACAUUACGAGGUACUACCUGUGCUUGCAGCUGAGGGACGAUGUGGUUUCGGGCCGCUUGCCUUGCUCUUUCGCCACGCACACCGUCCUGGGGUCCUACACCGUCCAGUCUGAGCUCGGAGACCACGACCCGGAGGAGCUUGGCACCGACUACGUCAGCGAAUUCCGCUUCGCCCCCAACCAGACCAAGGAGCUGGAGGAGAAAGUCAUGGACCUGCAUAGAAACUACAAAGGCAUGACGCCGGCUGAGGCCGAGAUGCACUUCUUGGAGAACGCCAAGAAGCUGUCCAUGUAUGGAGUGGACCUCCACCACGCCAAGGACUCGGAGGGCGUGGAGAUCAUGCUGGGGGUGUGCGCCAGCGGGCUCCUCAUCUACCGCGACAGACUACGCAUCAACCGCUUCGCCUGGCCCAAGGUCCUCAAGAUCUCCUACAAGCGGAACAACUUCUACAUCAAAAUCCGCCCGGGCGAGUUCGAGCAGUUCGAGAGCACCAUCGGAUUCAAGCUCCCGAACCACCGCGCCGCCAAGAGGCUGUGGAAGGUCUGCGUGGAACACCACACCUUCUUCAGGUUGGUGUCUCCAGAAGCCCCUCCCAAGAAGUUCCUCACGCUGGGGUCCAAGUUCCGCUACAGCGGGCGCACCCAGACCCAGACGCGCCGGGCCAGCUCCCAGAUCGUCCGGCCCGCGCCCUACUUCGAGCGCUCCUCCAGCAAGCGCUACACCAUGUCCCGCAGCCUGGACGGAGCCCCUGUGACUGAAAACCACGAAAUACUCAUGAAGGAUUCCGUGUCCGCUUCAGAGAUGGGCACCGCCCAGUAUGCACCGGCUAAGGCCAUCGCCACGGGCGACCUCAUCACCUCGGUAACGCCAGAGAAGAAGGCCGAAGAGGAGAAGGCCGAGAAGGAGGAGGAGGAAAAGGCGACUGCCCCGGAACCUUCCGAGCCUGCCCCGCCCACUCCUGUCCGACAAGAGCCCAAGACCGACAGCGAGCAAACGGACUUUGCCUGUGACGGUGAAACCACGGCCACAGAGUCGGACCAGGAGGAUGAGUCAGAGAUGAGGACGCAGAAUAGUUUCAUAAGACGAAUAAAAGGGGAAAAUGUAUUUGUCAAACAUAGCAAUCUGAUGUUAGAGGGAACGGCAACUCCCGAGCUGCUGGUGAAGCACCAGACCAAUAUAAGCGAGCUGAAGCGGUCAUUUUUGGAGACGGGCGGGGACGCGAGCGGGCUGACGGAGUGGGAGAAGCGCCUCUCCACCUCCCCCGUGCGCUCCACAAGGCUGGAUGACUCCCCCAUGAUCGAACCCCUCAUGCCAGAGGAAACCAAAGAGGGAGCAGAACCACUGCCUGAUGAAGUCCUGGAGGUGACCACAACCACCACUAAGGAUUCUGAUGGGUGGGUUAUUGUAAACAAAGUCCCCACUAAGGUGGCAGAAAAGACAAACGUAGUCAGCUAUAGAGUGGUGUCCAUGACGAGCGGUGUGUCUGAGGGAGUGGGCGGAGCCACCCAGCGCGUUCUCGAUGAGUUGAAAUCCAAAGAGGAGGAGCUGCGGCAGAAAAGCUACACCUUGGGGCUGAGCCGUGACCCUCCUUUCGGGAAGAUCGUCACCGCAACGUCUCCCGCCAAAGACGCCGCUCAGCCCGUCCAGCCGCCGCCUCCCCCCGAGGAGCGGCAGGGGCCGGCGGACCAGGCCGUGGUGACCACGAAGGUCAUCUCCGCGCGGUUCAAGGUCCUCGAGUCCUCGUCCCCAGGCAAGGAAGGCGCUUCGGUCACCGUGAAGGAGGCGCAGCCUCCCCCUGCUCCUGUCCCCGACGCCCCGAAAGGCUUUGUGAGGACCGUGGUGACCGUCAGCUCCAACGAGGAGGCCGUACAGGCGGAGCUGGCCGGAUUCGGCCUCCUGCAGAAGCCUGCCGCUCAGGAAGACCAGGCCACCAGCCCGGCCAAAGCUGAAGAGGGCCUCAAGCUGGGCGUGGCCACCGCUCACUAUGUGUCCAAAACGUCUCCCACGUCCAGAGCGGUGCCUAAGCCUUCCUUCGAGGAGAUGUCUCCCCAGCUUACUGCUCUGUUGGAGGCGGCCAGAGUGCAGUCCUCCAGAUUGGGAACCAUGGCCACCUCCACGGCUCAUAGUCACAUUAUUUAUGAGACCUCUGAGAGGACGGAGGACGCUGUCCAGCUGGACUCAUCGCAGCAGGAGAAGGAUCAGCCUGUGGGCGUGGUGCAGGUGCUGAAGGAGGCGGGACCUGUGUCUUCGCUGGUGAAGACCGAGACGGUGAGCUUCAGCAGCGGACAGCAGGAGGAGGAGGAGGAGUUCACCACCAAGGACGUGCCGGUGAUCCACACGGAAACCAAAACCAUCACAUACGAGUCCUCACAGGGGGACGGCAGUAAUGACGCUGACCCAGGGAUCCUGAUGAGCGCCCAGACCAUCACCUCGGAAACGACCAGCACCACCACCACUACGCACAUCACAAAGACUGUGAAAGGAGGCAUCUCAGAAACGCGGAUCGAGAAGAGAAUCGUCAUCACGGGCGACUCAGACAUCGAUCACGACCAGGCGCUGGCUCAGGCCAUUAAGGAAGCCAAAGAGCAGCACCCUGACAUGUCAGUGACCAAAGUAGUGGUACACAAAGAGACAGAGAUCACGCCUGAGGCCGAGGAGGGGGAAGAGUGACGCAGGAUUGAGGCUCCACCAUUUCAGAGGAUACUUGCAUUUCACUUCUCAGAGAAAAAUGGAUGUCCAGGAAGGAGUGACCUCCAAAGCAAAGCAAAAUACAUUAACGGAUAUUCCACUGCAUCUGAAAACUCUAGGACUGAUCACCCUCCCACGUUGCAUCUCCAAAUCAAUCCAGUCCACCACUGGAUAAUGCAUAUUGCAUGAGAAGGAAACAGUUCAGCAUUUUAAAAAAAAGAAAAUUUAAUUUAGGGGGGAAAAAAUUCAACACAGUUCUUAAUCCAACUGCACGCUCCGACAAUAGGCAGAAUAAUUCAAUGGGAAUUUUUUUUAAAUUAUUAUUCACUGCCUUAAGUAAUGAAUUUUAAAAUUGUAUAAUAAUUUAUGUAGCUUUCAUUUUAUUUAUGAGAGAGAAGCUAGCACUCCAAAAAGAAGGCUGUAGGCUUUACGCUGUACGUGUUCGAGUGCGCAGUAUUUAACCAUGCAGUAGACGUGCCAGCCACAUUGCCAAGCUCCUGUCUACUCUCUCCGUCAUUUUACCGAUUCGACUCGCAAUGCCUGCCAAACAAACAAAAAUAUUACCUAAAUAUCAAAACCGUGCUUCUUUGGCCAGACAAAAAUAUGAUUCUUAAAUUCAUUUAGUCAUUUUUAUUUGAAUUGUAAUUUUUUUGUUGUCGUUGAUUAAAUUCCACUAAAUUUUGUUCCACUUAAAUAUUCCACAUGACAAAGCAAAAGUUUGUAUGUGGAGUGCUCUGAACUGAAGGAUAAAGGAAUGAAGUGAAUGAAUGUAGGCGUCUGUCUGAGACCCAGCUAACAGCGAUCCCUGCGGUGGACCAGGCUGCUCAUCUCACCAGUGGAAGGACCAGAGCCCCCAUCCUGUCAGGCACGGCAGAGCCGGCUAUCAGCCUCCCCCAUGCCAAUCCCACCCUGAGCGUGUGUGUUAGUGUGAGUGCACGUGUGUGUAUGUGAGUGAGAGCGAAUGUGGACUCAGAUGUGUAGAACACCAUCCUGCUCUGUCCCUUUGUGUCCCCUCUGUUUAGUGCCAUCCAUGUUCAAUGUGUUUCCACAUUAGUGAAAUAAAAAGUGGCAAACGCAAAAUGCA